AUGGGUCGGGUCAUUCGAGCUCAGCGUAAGAGCGGUGGUAUCUUCACCGCUCACACCAAGCACAACAAGGCUCCCGCCAAGCUCCGCGUCUACGACUACGCCGAGCGCAACGGCUACAUCCGAGGUGUGGUCAAGGAGAUCAUCCACGACGCCGGUCGGUUCAGUGGAGGAGACGGCAUUUCGGACAGAUCUAGGCGGACAGAACACAGGAGCACACAGGCAUUGGCAGAGCACUCGUUAGAGUUUAUAGGGACGGGCAGGCAUUUGGGCAGGCAUGGAAGCAUUCAGGCGUCGGAUUGUCGACAGCAGAUGAACGCCAACAUCGCAGCUGCUCGUUCAGCGUCCAAUGUGACAUGCGCAUCCAUCGUCCAUGCUACUGGUGCUCCCCUCGCCAAGGUUGCCUUCCGUGACCCCUACAAGUACCGCACCCGUGUCGAGACCUUCGUUGCCACCGAGGGCCUCUCCACCGGCCAGUUCGUCUACUGCGGUAAGAAGGCUGCCCUGAACGUCGCCAACGUUCUCCCCCUCUCGUCGCUCCCCGAAGGUACCAUCGUCUGCAACGUCGAGGAGAAGUCCGGUGACCGUGGCUCGCUCGCCCGCACCUCGGGCAACUACGCCACCAUCAUCGGCCACGACUCCAACGGCAAGACCUCGCGCAUCCGUCUCCCCUCGGGCGCAAAGAAGACCGUCCCCUCCACCUCGCGUGCCACCAUUGGCAUCGUCGCUGGCGGUGGCCGUAUCGACAAGCCCUUGCUCAAGGCCGGCCGUGCCCACCACAAGUUCAAGGUCAAGCGCAACUCGUGGCCCCGCACUCGUGGUGUGGCUAUGAACCCCGUCGACCACCCGCACGGUGGUGGUAACCACCAGCACAUCGGCAAGCCCUCCACCCGCUCCCGCUUCGCCCCCGCCGGUCAGAAGGUCGGUCUCAUCGCCGCCCGCCGCACCGGUCUUAUCCGCGGUACCAUCAAGACCAAGGACGCCUAA